UUCUUUUCGUUUUUCUCUUCUUCGUUUUCGUCAUCAUUGUACCCUCCUCAUCUAACUCCCAUAAAAUGGUCAAACGUUAUCCACUUCACAAAUCGCUAUCCAGUCGUGGCAUACCAGAUAUGGAGCGUUUGCUAUACCCCAAAUAUACCUCAGGCGACUGAGACUGAGGCUGACAGUUGCGAUGCACUCUAUCAAUUCUCCUGGUUCCUUUCAUUCAUCCCGACACGCAUAGCGAUCACUGGCGUUCAAUCCUCCUCUGGAGUCAUGACCUACAUUUCCCUGGCUGCAUUCGAUAUCUUGGCAACAUCAUUGGUGACAAACCGAAUGAUGCAAGCCAUCCGCGGAUGUGGUGGUUUUCGCAAGGUGGCCAGGCAAAAUCUCUCUGAAUAUGCGGUCGUCACAACACCUCAAAUCAUUGCAGUUGUGCUUUAUUUCGUAGGUGUCCUCCUUGUGAGCCAGGAAUAUCAGGCAAUACUGAUUUUGCAUCCCACAGGUUCCACAGGGAUGGAUAAAAUCGUCUUUUACUACCUUCGAACCAAGGCACGGCUCAUAUCGUUCUGGUGAUUUCAGGGACUCUACAGCCCUAUCCUCAGCAACUUUCUCGUGUGAGCUCCUGUUCCCCCUCUCAUACCUGAGUUCACAUUGUUGCUAUGUAAACCUUGACUUGCGAAAAAACAUCUUUUUCUAUGUGUUGAGGUUGUCUUCCAUCAUGAUCGCG